GUUUUCACCUGUAUUUUCUGUUCUUAGUGGGUUGGGGAGGGAUACUAUGUUUACAUCCUGUUGCAACUGACUUUUCCUUUCUUAAGAGGCUCCAGGCAAUGUUCUGUCAGCAUAGAACUCAAAGAUGGAGGCGGGAGAUCAAUCGUAUGGGUCUAUAACCUCCUGACUCAGGAAUAUACUAAAAUACGUCUGCACCAAUUUCAAAUGUCGUCACCACGAUCUUAGCAAGAGUGUGUCAGAGGAAUGUCCCAGAAAUCCCAUCAUGAGUGGGGGUGAUGCAAUAAUCAGUUAGAUUGGUGAGUUUCCUAUGUGAUUUAGAUUAUGCUGAACCUCAGACUGGUGUCGGUCCCCUAUUUAGCUUAUUGUGCAGAACUUCCUGGUAUGGUGGGACAUACAUGGGGUACUGAGAACCCUUCCUGCCUCUGUUGAGCUGGAGCGUCAGCAAUGCUGACCGCAGGAUUGCUGCCAGAAGGGUCGCAUAAAGGUGUGGUGAUUGUCUCCAGCAGUCAUUGGGCGAGAGGCGGAGUCCAACCCGGACAGGUCACCAGUCCUUCACAGAGACGCACAGGACAACCAGCCAUGUACAGGCAGACGCACACACCUUGUAUUUUAAAAACCAGUUUACCUAACAGUCGUGGGCAGAAAGCAAGGUAAAUGUUAAUUAAUCCCACUGUUCUGCUUUCACGCGCUCAUCAACUCGCCUUAUUUGGAUUUAAGAUCGCAGUUUUAUUAUCGUGUGUAUUGUUAAUAUGAUUAACUUCAGUUAGAGAACUAGGGCUAUUAAUAUAAAAUGUGUCCGUUCUGAGCAGACUUUGGCGAAACCGCUUCCUGGAAUACACCGGAAGUGGCGUCGCGUGUUUAUUUGUGACGUUGCAGUGGCUCCUGCCAGCCCCUGGUCUCCUCUUCCUUUUGCCGCGGAUCGGAUCUCCCGUUCUUUCAGUUGACAAUGCAGCUUAUCGGGCGUCACUUCGCACGCGCCGCACCCCAGCCUUCCAGCACGCCACUUCCAUCCAGCGGGGUUGACGCAGCAGCGGCGGCGGCACGAUGCCGUCUGACGUGGAGUACAGCCCGUUGGGAGAGGGGCUUGGGAUGCGGGAUUUCUGGAUCUACGUGUGGCUGCGCAGAGCAGCUUUGAUCGCAGCUCAUGUCACCGGUCUAGGCUUUACCAUCGUCAUCUCCGUGCUGUCCAGACCCGGAACCAGUCUGUUUUCUUGGCAUCCGCUGUGCAUGUCUGUUGCUUACUGCUUGUGCAUGACUGAAGGCAUCCUCCUCUUCUCCGCUGAGGGUACCAUCUUCUGCCUGAAGUCACGGAAGAACAAAGUGCGUUUCCACUGGCUGUGCCAGGCCCUGGCGCUGGUGUCGGCGGCGGUUGGGCUGGGCUUCAUCCUGGCCAGUAAGGUCGUGUCCGAGCUGCCCCACCUGGUGUCCUGGCACAGCCUGAUGGGCUGCUACACCCUGGCCGCCUCCCUGCUCCAGGCCGGCUGCGGCGUCUGCCUAGUCUUCCACAAGCAGCUGCGGCUCUCCUCAUCCCUGGCCAAACUCAAGCUCUACCACGCCACCUGCGGCCUGGUGGUGUACCUGCUGGCCACCAGCACCAUCAUGCUGGCCAUGCUGUCAGACUGGUUCCAGGCUACGGUGAAGGGGGCGGCUUGGUGGCUGAUGACCAUGCUUCCCCUCUUCCUUGCCCUGGUGGCCAUGAACCAGAUCACUAACGCCUACCUGCCCCGCAAGAAGAUAAGCAGCUAGGCUGCAGACGGAACACGGUGCAGAGUCGGAACGGAAAAUGAGUUUUCUAAGGUUUUGAUGGAGACUGUUUUCACGCUUCAGGGAUUCAUUGAGUUCUAAGCAGAUUUAUGUCCAAACAUGUUCCUACCUGAAGUCCACAGCCAGUAUCUAGUGGUGAGUGGAGGAAAUGCAGCAUGAAGCUCUUAAGCACUGAAUCAUAUCUGACUCUCGUGGAUGAAGGCAGAGCCUUUUGUGCCGCUGAUGCAGUGAAAGCGAUGAAGGCCGAUCGGAAACCUGACAGCAGCUUUUAGAUUCCUGAUCACUUUAAAGCUGCAUUCUGUCACUUUUAUUUAAAAAAUAAAAAAGAGUCUGUUUUACAUAUUUGUUGAAACUGUCAUGAUGUCAUGACCAAUAUGAGACCAAUAAUCUGUAAAAAAAAAAUGCUAACUAGAAAUAACCAAUUAAUGUCGGGAGGAAGGUCUUGGCGCUCUCAUUCACCGUGCUCUCUGCUUCACUGAAGCUAGUGUAGCCUGUUGUGAAUGCUAAGGCUAGUUAGCAUGGCCACCACUGACAGAUAAUACAUGGCUUUCCUGUACUGGGAAGUUGUUUAUCCGGCAUUAGCACAUUUAGCAGAG